AUGAUCAAGGAUCGUAUGAGUAAUAGUGCUAAGAAAUACUUCGAGCCAUUGCUCAAGAUAGCAGACGAAAAAGAGCAAAAGGUUUCACAAGCCGUUUCUAAUACUAGUUCAAACAAACUUUUGAACGUGACAGCACAGUUAAAGGCCAAGAGUGCUGAGGAACUUGACAGAAUUGGAGGAACAUCAACGGCUGCAGGAACUAGCAAAGAUAAGAAGGGAACAGCUAGCAGAAGGACCAAGCAAAUCUUGAAUCCAUCGGAGAGCAGCUCCGCUGCAACCGAGCAGAAGCCCUUGGUAGCAUCAACUGAUGGUCCACUAAAGUCGGCAAACGAAGAAAAAACGUCAAAGCGGCCGAAGGCGGAAAAGAAACCGAGCAAAGAAGAAAAUGUGGAGAGGAUAACCUCUGCAGGAGCGUCAAAGAAAGAACCAUCCGUUUCCGCAAGUUCUACAAAAGAAGCAGAUGCUGUCUCUACUACAUCGCCAGCCGGAUCAAUCCGGAAGAGAUCGAAGACACCCGAGAAGAAAUCACUCACGAAGAAGGAGCCGCCUGCACCCCAAGUGGUUGUUACUAGUGAAUCGUCAGCCCCUGUCACAGUUCCAAAGGAGCCAGAAAUCGUUGAAGAUAUGCCUUCUGCGGCGAUUAGGACUAGGUCGAAAACUCCUGAACAGAAAUCGUCAGAACCUAGGAAAGCAAAUGCACUACCUGAAGUGGUAGUAACUGUCCCGACUAAAACUACGUCAACUCUCGAAGAAAAGAGCUUCACUUCCUUCACCUCGAAGAGCACAGGAAACAGUGUGCAGAAGAAAGAGCUUACCAAAGCCGCAGAAGCAAAGAUCUCUUCAAAUGAUAAAACUGACCUCAAGCAGCGAAAAAGCAUCGAAAUUGCCGACUCCUUGUUCACGAAACCUGGUACUGCUGGAAAAGCGGCGUCAGACAAGGAGAAAGUGGAGCGGAAAUCUCUAUAUGACAAGAAUCUAACGCCAAUUGAUGUCAGCGCUGCUAAACCGCCAAGGCCGACAUCUCCAGUGGAUUCCUCAGAGAAGAAGUCGUUGAAGAAGAAGGAAUCACCCUCAUCCACGCGGCAACAAAACUUAGAUACUGUAGUUAGUGUAGACGAUGAAACAAGCAAGAGCAAGAGUUCUGAGUUGAGAACGCGAGGUUUCCCUAGUGACAAAGCCACAGCCAGCAAUUCAACAGAAAAAGCUGGUGAUUUGGAGAACAGCUCACUCAAGGCGAGAAAAUCUUCUGCUCCUGAGGCCAUCAUUACUACACCGCCGAAAAAGACUGUAUUGGGAGCCCCACAGAACCCUCCCAAUGAUAUCAACAAGACGACACCGAUCCGUAUGCAACGAUUUGGUAGCUCAGAAAGUGGUGAUAGCACGAAAGAAAACCAAAAUGUGGAGGAGAAGAAACCAACAAGACAGGGCGCUUUGCGAAAGAAGGAAAAACCCACGGAUAACCUUGAAAUGAUCUCUCCGCCUCCACCACCACCACCACCUUCCCCUUCAAAACCUGUGGUUCAACCCCCAAUCAACUCUAUGUCAACUCUUCUAAGGAAACGGCAAAGUAUCAACGACGUAAGGUCUGAGCCGCAAAAAGAAAGUGGGGCUUCUACUCUUCUCGCUUCAAAGACAUCGCAGCCUAAGGAAACCGCCGAAGAAGCAAAGACGAUUGCACCGCGACCUGGGAGUGUUCAGGAGAGGUUGCAGAAACUGAACGGUCGUGUCAGCGCUCCAAUAGUAAAUAUGGCUGUAUCAGCCACAUCAUCUAGUCUUGAGAACAAAGUCUCCAAAAUCGGAAGAACCGAAAAAAGGAAAGGUGCUGCCAAUCACUACAGAAAGCAAAACGGUCACUACUACGUUGACGUCUACCAGUACAAAAACAAGAAAGGCUAA